CCUGGCUGCUUGCUCAGAAGUCUUCGGCUUUGUUGUUAUGACGCCACAGGUUUUCCUCAACUAUCGACUGAAGUCAGUCGAGCAUCUCCCAUGGCGAGCGCUAUCGUAUCAGGCAUGCAACACGUUCAUAGAUGACGUGUUCACGCUGGUCAUAAGGAUGCCGGAAAUACACAAGUUCUCGGUCUUUCGUGACGACAUAGUGUUCAUAAUAUGCUGCUAUCAACGAUGGAUCUACAGUGGACGGAGGAAUCAGGAGGAAGAUGCCCCCUCUCGGGAGAAGAGCGAAUAA